UGCUGCCCGCUCUCCUAAAAGUCGAUUGUUGUGUUCCUGACGUUUACAGCUGUGCGAUUAAUUUGAGAUUUAUUAUCGAACACUUUACAAAACAGCUCAAUUACGUAAUGAUCGUAGGCACUCGACUUAGCCGUCUGGCGGCCGGUCGCCUCUUGCCUGGAAUGGCCAGCAGAUGCGCCCACACGGAGCGCAAGGUGCAGGUGCCCGAUACGGGUGACUUGCACAUUGUCGAAAGUGGCAGCGGCUCGCGCAGCUUGCUCUUAAUGCCGGGCGCCUUAGGCUCCGCCUGGACGGAUUUUAAGCCACAGAUCGAACAGCUGCCCAAACUGUUACCAGAUCAUACGAUCAUUGCUUGGGAUCCGCCUGGCUAUGGCAAAUCAGUGCCACCGCAAAGGAAGUUUGGGCUGGACUUCUUUCGCGAGGAUGCUGAGGCAGCUGUCAAGCUAAUGCGCGCACUGAACAGACCCAAGUUCUCAGUCUUAGGUUGGAGCGAUGGUGGCAUAACUGCGCUGAUCCUCGCCGGCCGGCACGCCGAUGCUGUGGAGAAGCUCGCCAUAUGGGGUGCCGGUGCGUAUCUAAACAAAGAUGAGGUGCAGUCACUACAAGCAAUACGCGACGUGGCCAAAUGGUCGCCACGCAUGCGAGAGCCCAUGGAGAAGGUCUACGGCGUGGAGCGUUUCGCCCAACUAUGGGGCGAGUGGGUCGAUGCCGCCUGCGAGUUCUACAAGCAACGCGAUGGCGACUUCUGUCGCAGCGAAGUGGAGCAAGUCAAGGCGCCCGUCUUCAUAUUGCACGGCAAAAAGGAUCCAAUGAUUGCCCCCGAGCAUGUGCCCUGGCUAAAGCAGCGGCUGCCCAACGCACUUUACCACGAGUUCCCCGACGGCAAACACAAUAUACAUCUGCGCUACGCCGAGGAGUUCAACAAGCUGGUCGCCGACUUCUUCAGGGGCAAGGAAUAGGACAUAGUUUACUUUGUUUUGCUUAUGAACAAAUAGGUAUAAAGAUUUAUUGAUUCAUGAUUUACAGA